AGCAGCAGCGGCUCAGACAGACUAGUGCUAGACCACUGUGUUGUGCAGGAACAGGCACGGCAUAGCUGGGGAAACGAAUGAAAGCGGAGAGUACUCUUUGGUGUGGAUUAAUUCAGGGGCGAGACACUCGAUCGAAGCGAGAGGCUAUUUAAGCGAAUUUGGGAUCUGAUAUCAUCGGCUACCGUACGACAGCACCGCCGGAUGGUCUCUCCUGCCCCACCGCUAAGGUUGCUGGCUAAGCGAAACAGCCAAUAAUGCACGGCAUCUGCUCUGCAGCCACACCCACUUCCUGCCUGUAGAGGAAGCGGCUGUGCCAGCAUGUCCUCUCACCCCCAGUCUGUGCAGCCGGGCCGGAGGACUGUGGACACACGGCACCUUCCGAACCCUGCGAGUCUACCGCUGCAGUUGCAACGGGCACACACGGAAGUGGGACUGGUUGACUACCACUCUCAUCAUGCCAGGGACUACAGUUCCCACCUGGCCCAGCCCCAUCGCCGUCGGCCCUCCUUACUUUCAGAGUUCCAGCCUGGGAAUGAGAGAGGACAAGAACAACAUAUCCGCUAUGAGCACAUGUACCUGCCGGAGCCCAGCGGCCAAUCGGAUGUGGAGUAUGCAGAGAUCAAACGGCCUCGUCUUGAUAUGGGCCAAGAGUCUCUGAUGAGGGCUUCGUCCCAUCGGCAACAAAUGCCUCUGGGAGCGGCUGAGGAUAUGGCAAAGGAUCGUGGGAGUGGAAUGGGGAAGCUGGAGCCAAUCUCCCCUGUGAGCCCGGUCCAUAUGGACCCUGACUUGGACCUGGUGCCGGCUCGCUUCUCCAAGGAGGAGCUGAUCCAGAACAUGGACCGCGUAGACCGGGAGAUCACCAUGGUGGAGCAGCAGAUCUGCAAGCUUCGCAAAAAACAGCAACAGCUGGAGGAGGAGGCAGCAAAGCCACACGAGCCUGAGCGGCCCAUCUCUCCACCACCCAGCGAGGCCAAGCACCGCAGCCUGGUGCAGAUCAUCUACGAUGAGAACAGGAAAAAGGCAGAAGAGGCUCACAGGAUACUGGAGGGACUGGGACCCAGGGUAGAACUGCCUUUGUACAAUCAGCCUUCUGAUACCAAGCAGUACCAUGAGAACAUCAAAAUAAACCAGGCGAUGAGGAAGAAGCUCAUCUUAUACUUCAAGAGGAGAAAUCAUGCUCGUAAGCAGUGGGAACAGAAGUUCUGCCAGCGCUAUGACCAGCUGAUGGAAGCCUGGGAGAAGAAGGUGGAACGCAUCGAAAGCAAUCCGCGGCGCCGAGCUAAGGAGAGCAAGGUGCGGGAGUACUACGAGAAACAGUUCCCAGAGAUCCGCAAGCAAAGGGAGCUACAGGAGCGCAUGCAGAGCCGAGUUGGGCAGAGAGGAGGUGGGCUGACCUCGUCUGCAGCUCGCAGUGAACAUGAGGUCUCCGAGAUCAUUGAUGGAAUAUCAGAGCACGAGAACACAGAGAAGCAAAUGCGGCAGCUGGCAGUCAUCCCUCCGAUGCUGUUCGACGCUGAGCAGCAACGCAUCAAGUUCAUCAACAUGAAUGGAUUGAUGGAUGACCCCAUGAAGGUGUACAAGGACCGGCAGGUUAUGAACAUGUGGAGCGAGCAGGAGAAGGACACUUUCAGAGAGAAGUUCAUCCAGCACCCCAAAAACUUUGGUCUGAUUGCGUCUUUUCUCGAGAGAAAGACGGUGGCGGAGUGUGUGCUUUUUUACUACCUGACCAAAAAGAAUGAAAACUACAAGAACAUAGUGCGGAGGAACUACAGACGCCGAGGAAGAAGCCAGCACGGCCAGCAGCAGCAGCAACAGCAGCAACAAGUGCACCGGGGCAGCCAGGAAGAGAAGGAGAAGGAGGAGAAAGAGAAGGAGGGAGAGAGGGAUGAGGAAAAAAAUGAAGCUGAAGACAAGGAAGAUGGAAUGAACGUUGGAGGAGGCGGUGUUUUCAGGCACUGGGCCAGCAAAGGAUGCAAAACAACAGAUGGAAAAUAUCACUGCUCUCUUAUGCCUGAAAAAUCAUCAAUGAAUACAUUAUGCCUGGACGAUACCUCUGGAGAAGAUGCAGAGGACAAAGAGCCCACUGUGGCUUUCAAGGGUCGACGCACGGCCAACAGCCAGGGGCGCCGCAAGGGCCGGAUCACCCGCUCGAUGACCAGUGAAGUGGAGGAGACCACCACACCGCCACUCAACAGCGAGCUUGCCAAUCUGGAGAUGAAUGAGAGCUCUCGCUGGACUGAAGAAGAGAUGGAAACUGCCAAAAAAGGCCUUCUCCAGUAUGGUAGGAAUUGGUCCGCCAUCGCCAAGAUGGUGGGAUCCAAAACCGUGUCACAGUGCAAGAACUUCUACUUCAACUACAAGAAGAGGCAGAAACUGGAUGAGAUUCUGCAGCAGCAUAAAAUGAAAUCGGAGAAAGAGCGAAAGACCCGCCGUAAGGGCAAAGCCCUGCAGAAUGAGGAGACCAGUGCCCCGUAUACAGCAGAGGAGGAGGAGAUGGAGGGCUCGGGAGCCAGUGGAAAUGAAGAGGAGGCCCCUGAAGAUGGAGAAGGUGCAGCCAACAACAGCUCUGAUACGGAGAGCUUGCCCUCGCCACACUCAUCAGAGGACAGCAAGGCUAAGGAGGAAGGCUCGAGCAGGUCAAAGGCCAGCUCCACCACCGGGGACAAGGAGGCUGCCGGGUCGGACAUGGGCCAGACAGGGGAUGAGAAAACUCCAGUCAAGGAAGAUGCAGAAUCGGCCAUCAAGCAGGAGAUAAAGACUGAGACAGGGGAGCCCAGCAAAGAGCAGCUGCAUCCAACUCCAUCCAGCGAUGCCAUAGAUAAAAAACCUCCUACUUCAGAGCUGGAGGAAGGUAAAAGCUCCACCAAGAGCUCCAAGAAGGACCACGGGCCCAGAACCGGUUCCCAUGGGGACAGUGACUCUAGUGCCACUUGCAGCGCUGAUGAAGUGGAGGAGACAGACAACACAGAAAAGAACAGAAUGACUUCUCCGCGGCCAAGUCUCCUGAACUACGCUCACGAUGGGGUCAUAUCCUCCCCGCUGCAGAAGCCCUUGGACCUGAAACAGCUCAAACAGAGGGCGGCGGCUAUACCACCUAUUAUGCCAGACGCCUCCAUGCAAGGGGGUCAGCGGAGUGGAGGUGGCAAGGCAGUGCUGCCCCCUCACGCUCUGGCAUUGUACCAGCAACAGAUCACCAUGGCUCAUGGGGAGUCAUCUCAGGAGGUCAAAAUGCAGCAGCAGCAGCUGCAGCAGAUUCCAGGCCAGCCAGGCAAACAGCAGCCUUACACCUUGCAGACAGACAGAGACAGGGAGGCUCUUCACAGCAUCAGUCCUCGUAUUCGCCCGCGAAGCCCCUCCACCAGCGACAAGGAUGAACUGGAAGGCAACGAGAGGUGGUUACUGACCCUCCUGCAGGGAUUAAAAAAGUCACGGGCUUUCUCCCCACACGGUGAAGCCAAGAAGCAGUCGCUGGGCCCCGACGACCUGAGGACCUCCAACUUGGGUCGACCAGUUCUCUCCCCCUACCCCAUGUCCCCUCGAGACAUGGCCAAGAUCAGUCACGACCAACACCUGCUCCACUAUAACUCGUUCCAGCAAACAGGCCACCCCUCGCUCUCUAAUCUGCCACAGGACAGUGGAAGGCUAGCAGCAGUCAGGCCCCUCAACAUGCCAGAGCCUCCGCCACUCAUUUCCUCCACCAAACCAGGGGGCUCCAUCACUCAGGGCACCCCAGUGCAGUUGCACAGCCCAGCUCAUGGGUUGGACCAUGGGAAGAUGACCCCCACGCAGAUGGGGCUGUCUUGGAUGGAUCAAAGGAAAGUUGCAGGUGCUUUUCCCGUGAUAAAGCAGGAACAGUUGUCCCCUCGCAGCUCGUCCUCUCAAGCCGACAACAUGCCAACACAGGGGUCGCCGCAUGAUAGUGCUGCUGCUCGUGGUUCUAUUCAAGCUGUUCAGGGGGGCAGUAUCACUAAGGGUAUCCCAGGGACCAGAAUGCAUCCAGAUUCCUCAAUCUCCUACCGAGGGGGCUCCAUAACUCAGGGGACGCCAGCUGAUGUGCUGUAUAAGGGAACCAUAACCCGUCUGAUCACAGAGGACAGCGCCAGUCGAGCCGAGAGGGAACGGGAUGAGGCUCUGUCUAAAGGCCAUGUGGUCUAUGAGGGCAUCAGUGGGCACAUUCUCACAUAUGACCGCCCACCUUCUCAGAACCCUAAAGAUGAGGGCCGAGGCCAGUCUGGGGAACUUCUAGGCCUGAAGCGUCCGUAUGACAUUAUGGAGGGGGGCAUCUCAAGAGGACUUCCUUUGAGGGAUUCAAUGCCUGCUGCCAACUGUGAAGGUCUGAUUGGUCGAGCCAUGCCUCAUGAUAGGGACAGUCCUCACCACACACCUUACAAGGAUGCUCAUCACAUCCGUGGCUCCAUCUCACAAGGUAUACCUCGUCAUCUGGACCCUCAGGAUGGCUACCUGAGGAGGGAGGCUAAGCAGAUGAAGAGAGAGAGCUCACCGCCCCGCGGGCCCGGUUCGCUUUCCGACCCAAUGAAGGGCAGAGAGGCCAUGGUGCCUACGGUGAAGGAGGCCGGUCGCUCCAUCCACCUCAUUCCCAGGGAGGAGCUCAGACAGCCUGCCAAGGACGGCAUGAUGGCACAGGGAACACCCAUGAAGCAGGAGGCAGCUGGUUCAGGGAAACGUCAUGAUGUCCGCUCCAUUAUCGCCAGUUCACCACGUUCCUACCACAAUGCUCCCUCCCACAUGGAGAUGCGUGCUGAGAGGGGCCGCUACGAGGAGGUACCUAAAGGGCGGCCCAGCGCGGUGGUCAGUACGGCGAGCACUAUAGCCCGCUCCUCCCCCCUUACACUGGCGUCAGAGCAGGGAAGCAAGGCUCAUCACAGUCCAGUGGGCUACGAUGACAAAGGCGCCUUAAGGAGCCCUUACCCCGGGCCUUCACAUCGUGGCUCCCCUCUGUCCAGGGAGGCAAGCCAAAGGCAGCAUGAUGGUUCCAGUAAGAAUCAGCCUCAGGAGCGUAAAUCCACGCCAACCCCCAGGGAAAUGAGUGCCACCAAAUCACCCCUCCAGGGUGUUUCAGAUCAACAGACCUAUGAGCGUCUGCUGCAGGGUAUUGGAGCAGACGUGUACCGUCAAAUCCCCAUAGCCUUCGACCCUGCGUCGCUGCCCCGCGGCAUCCCCAUUGACCCAGCGGCCUACUACUUGCCUCGCCACCUUGCGCCCAACCCAGCGUACCCUCAUCCCUACCCCUACCUCAUCCGUGGCUUUCCUGACACCGCGGCCCUGGAAAACCGCCAGACGCUGCUCAAUGACUACAUCACCUCCCAGCAGAUGCACCAGUGGCCUGCCAUGGCUGCCCAGCGCUCAGACCUGCUGAGGGGCCUCGCUCCACGAGACCAACCCCUUCAAAUGCCCUACUCUGCAGCCCCACGAGGAAUCAUCGAUCUUUCUCAGGUGCCACACUUACCUGUCCUGGUCCCUCCCUCUGCAGGGGCAGCCGGCUCCCCAAUGGAUCGCAUCACCUACAUCCCCGGGGGAACCGCCACAUUCUCUGGCAGACCUUACCCCACCUCUCCCAUCUCACCUGUUGGGUCCUCACACAUAAACAAGAUGCAGGGCGCAUCUUCAGAGCGCGAGCGUGAAAGAGAGAGGGAGAGGGACCGGGAGAGAGACAGAGAGCGGGAGAGAGACAGGGAACGUGAACGCGACCGAGAUCGGGAGAGAGAACGGGAGAGGGACCGCGAAAGGGACCGGGACCGAGAGAGAGACAGAGACCGGGAGCGUGACAGAGAGAAGGGCGGGUCUCUUGGCAAUGUGGAGCACGCCCCCAUCUGGAGACCAGGUACAGAACACAGCUUGGCAAGCAGUAGCAGCAGCAGUGUGAGACCCUCCUCCCAACCGUACAGCCACCAGCACUCCCCAGUGUCCCCUCGCACCCAGGACAACGUGCAGCAGAGGCCAAGUGUCCUGCACAACACCGGGGGCAAGAGUCUCUCUGUGAACGAUCACUCCGGCUCCUCUGUGUUUCGGUCCAUGUCCUCAGGGCCGGCCCGCUACCAAGGUUAUCCUGGCCACCUCCAAAGGACAGGUGUGCCCCCCGAGGCCUACCCACCUGCCAUGGACUUAAACGUAGCCAAAGAGCAGAGUCGCGAUGGAGGCAAAAACCGGGGUGGUCUACCCAAGCACGUGCAGGACCAGCACGGGUCCUCCAGUAAAUCUGACCCCAAGCUGUCCUGCCCCAGCCCAGGAGGAAUGUACCAAGGUUCCUACCCCUCGGCUCCCGGCCGGCCCCAACACCUGCUCCCUCCCCAGUCGGAUAACCCUCCUGGCCGUGGAGAAAGCGGUACACCUAGUAGGGAAAAGACUCAAAACAAAGCGAUGUCCAUUCAGGAACAAGAGCUCCGAGCACUCGGUAAGACCACCAUGACUGCGGCCAACUUCAUAAACGCGGUUAUUAUGCGUCAAAUUUCUUGUGAAACGGGGAUGGCAGAGACGGGCUCGCUUGUUGCCAGCGACGCCACUGAUGCUCAACAGAAGAUGGAGCCACACGGUCUGUACCGUCCUCCGUCUGAGGAGAGACUGUCUCCAGGACAACAGCCCCCGUCCCCCUGCGUUAAAGGCAGCCAGAGGGUGGUCACCCUGGCACAGCACAUCAGUGAGGUGAUAACUAAAGACUACACCAGGCAGAGCCAGCAGCAGCAGCAGCAAAGCUACCACGGCUCUCCUAUCCUGGAUUUGACCCGUCCACCCAGUGCCUCCCAGCUCCCUCCCAACUCACAGGAGUCUGCCCAAGGGUCCCGAUAUCAAGAGGGCCUCGGCGGAGAACGCAACAGAGACCGGUCUCCUCCUCAGCCCAAGACAUCACCGGUCAGCGUUUCAAACGAUGGCAUUGAACCAGUGUCUCCUGCUGGAGCCAGCUCUGAACCCGAGGUCCAGGGAGGGGCCUCUUACUCCAACGAGCAGGGAGAACAAGGAAUGGGCUCCCGUUCCCCUCCCAAUGCCUCCCAGCCUCCAGCUUUCUUCAGCAAGUUGACAGAGAGCACCUCGGCGAUCGUGAAAUCAAAGAAACAGGAGAUGAUCAAGAAGAUGACAGUGGUGGGAAAUGAGGGUGAUUUCAAUGCUGGUCAGCCAGGAACAGAGAUCUUCAAUAUGCCAGCGUCUACAACUGCAGGACCUGUGAGCGUCCGCUGCCACCCAGCUCCAGAGACGCCUGGUAACUCGAUAGGCCUGGAGGCCAUUAUAAGAAAGGCCUUAAUGGGCAAAUACGACGAUCAGCCCGAGGAACGCUCUCCAUCCAACGCUGCUAACCAGAUGGGAUCGGCCGUGUCUGCUGGCAUGCCUGUAGCCGACGGACGCGCUGACGACUUUUUCUCACAAGGUGGGGGGAAGUCCUCAAAGAGCGGUGGGCGCUCUAACGGGCGGAAGGCCAAAUCUCCAGGACCGGGUCUGUCAGGGGGGGAGAGACCGUCCUCAGUGUCCUCAGUCCACUCUGAAGGAGACUGCAACAGACGAACCCCUCUUACUAACCGCGUCUGGGAGGAUCGGCCUUCAUCCACAGGUUCAACUCCAACCCCCUUCCCGUGUAACCCGUUGAUAAUGCGUUUCCCGAGCGGGACAGUGUCCGCUCCCUCGCCCUCCUCUGGCCAGCUGGGGGGCCAGGGCCCGGGGCCAGGACCUGGACAGGGCCGUUCCUGGGAGGAGGAGCCCAAGCCUCUGCUCAUGUCUCAGUACGAGACCCUGUCUGACAGCGAGUGACCCGGAAAUCUAUCGUACCACCAGACCCGCUAACAGUCAACCAGCUCUGUGCUGCUGCAGCCACACACACACACACACACACACACACACACACACACACACACACACACACACACACACACACACACACACACACACACACACACACACAACAGACACACACCUGCUGAGGCAUCUGCAAACCGACCCACACCAUUCCACUCUGCAUUUCCUCCGUCAGUCGUCAAAGCAAGGAUCAAGUCGUUCUCCUUUCACACAUUUGAGACGCCAAGCAGCGACGAGCUCAGACACUGCUGCUCCGUGUGUGUGUGUGUGUGUGUGUGUGUGUGUGUGUAUGUUUGCACUUAUGUGUUAUGCAUUCACUCCAGGACUACUCUAAAGGACAAAUCACUUAUCUUUUUUCUUUUUUCUUUAUUUUUUUAAAACUUUGCUACUUUUUCCUCACUGGCCUUAUCGAUAUAGACACACUGACCUGCAUCUUCUGAGUGCACCGCUCUAACGUCGCUGACAGGGACUCCAAGGUCGUGUUGUUGGUCUUGGUCAGGAGCCUGACGAUUGGCUGCUCUAGUGACAGAUAUCGAACGCAGAUCUGACCCGGGCCUCUCACGUUUCUUCACAGUGAACGCCAGGUGCAGGCGGCCUGUGCACUGCUACCACUACAAGAACAAGUGCGAGGCAAUUGGGAGCAGAAUCAACAUCUUGUUUUUCUUGUUUUCGGUUCGUUCUUUUGCUCCUUUUUUAAAAAAAAAAA